AUGGCAAGACUCACUGACGAUUCCGACUACGAUGCCGGAGAAACGUCUUGGAAUGUACCACGUCCACGUUCCGGCUCUGUAAAGUAUCAUGCAUGCAAUGGGCUCCGAACUAGGUGCGUUCCUCUAAGUCUUCCUACCAAUAUGACCAAGUUGCAAAAAUAA